CUCGAGAGAAAAAAGAGAUACAAUAAAAAAAGUGUAAAACGUACCUUAAUUCUUCCACAAUUGACAAACCUGUUUUUUUUUAAGACCGUGGUGAAAUUAAUCGAGCUUUUGACUUUUUGAGUUCGGAAAUUUUUCAGCCGUUUCAUGGUCAUCAACUAGAAGAAAGAAGAAGCAAAAAUUUUUACAAAUAUUAACUAUAUAGUGUAGUUCUGGACGUAUAUAUAUAAAAGUGAACCACGUUCAUAAUCGAGUCACAUUUUGGCAAUUCAAGUUUUAACUCGCAACAAAAAUAUACAAAAUAUUCAACAUGAAAGCCAUUUUUGCCAUCCUUGCACUUUGCUUCGUUGCUGCUUUAGCCGAUUUCAAGGAGGACCACGAGCAAUACAAGACACUUUGUAUUACUGAAUCUGGAGUCAGUCCUGAUGCUGUAAAAAAUGCUAGAGAAGGAAAAAUUGAUGAAAACGAUAAUAAAUUGGCUUGCUUUUAUUCCUGUUUAUUGAAAAAGUUUGGAAUUAUGACUCCGGAUGGAACAAUUGAUGAAGAAGUUGCACGUUCCAAAAUUCCAUCAACUAUUCCCAAGGAAAAAGUUGAUCAAGUUCUCACUAAAUGCAAAGGACUGAAGGGACAAGACCAUUGUACUACAGGAAUGAAAGUAAUGAAGUGCUAUUUGGAAAAUAAAACCUUUACACUUGUUUAAAUAUUAUCAUUAUUUCCAGAGUUUUCAUAUGUAUUAAGUCGCUAAAUUUGAAGAAAAAUAAAAAAUUAAUAAAAAAAACAA